AUGGUGCAUGCCAAACCAGUGACUGGUGUGAGAGAGCUUUACAUUGAAUCGUUGAACAAGCCCAACUACUAUGAUCAGUUCGUGACAAGGAAAGUUGCUGAGACACGUAAAUCUGUCCCACAAAGGAGAAAAGAUGCAAUGGAUAUGAAGUUGAAUCCUUUGGAAAGUUUGCAAGUUGAACAUCAUUGCAGGAAUGAUGACAAUAAUGGUAGUGGCAAAGUUGAGGAUUCCAAUGAAGCAUCUGGUCCGGGACCGGUUAGCACUGUUGUUGGUAAUGUUGAAUCUGUGAAUGAGUACAUUGUUAGUGUUUCCGGUAAUGAGAGCAAUGAAGAUGAGGUGAAUUGUUCAUUAGUGGUCUCUCCCGUCAGUGGAAUUGAAACCCCAGUCACUGAAGCCCCUGCAAUUGAGCCAAUUGAAAAGGACGUUGAAGCAGCUGUGAAAUCUGGCAAUAAAUGGAAGAAGUUUUGCUUAAAGGUCAAAACAUUUGGGAGUGAUAUUGGCAAACCGUUCAAGUCCCAUAAAGCCAGAGUUGAACCUGACUUGCAAGUGUCUGAGACAUGCAAGAAAACGUCUCGUUCCCUGAGGAAGCAUGUGAGUCCACACUUGAAAGCGCUCGUUUCAAGGAAGAACAAAACGGCAAAGCAGAGUUGUGAAUCUGCGGUUUGUGGUGAGGAGAACAACCUUCCUUCUGUGUCCCACGUUCUAUCUCCCUCUGUGUCCCAUGUUCUCUCCCCACCUAUGGCAAUUUUUGAAGAAGGGAAUAACCCAAUUGCUGCCAAUCCAGCCUUACCUCAUCGCUGUUGUGUCCUUGUGCCCGUUAAUCUUGCUCAAGAUGACACUUUGAGUCAAACAGGACCAAGUGAAAUGACAUCUGACGUCUUUGUGGCAGAUAGUUGCCACAAAAGCAACGUGAAGAAGUUCAAGUGGAAGAAGUUGUUUCGUAUCAAAAGGAUUAGUGAUGAAUAUGUGAACAAACCACCUGCUGAUGCUGCCGCUGCUGUGAAGCUGCCUAUCAAAAUGAUUAUGAAACGGGUUGGGAAGCUGGUGGUGAAGGAGUAUGUGAAGAAGGCAUUGACUGAUUUGUUGCCAUCAUGGAUACGACACGGAUGGCAAGAAGAGCGCACAAUAGGAACCAACUUGAAUUGA